AUGUUGAAUGAUGCAUCUCACAGCCUCCAAAUUGCCGUAGCCUCCACCCAACAAACCAAGUCUGAACACUUCAGCCAACAAAAAAAGGGUAUCUAUAUCUAUCUCUAUUCUGUCCCCCAAACCCACAAAAUCAACCCCGUCCAACAGAAAAACUCCUCCCAGAAGGCCUCAACCCCCGCUGCGAAUGCGUCUCCUCCACACAAGUAUCCGCCGAAUUUAAAUCCCAAUGAACCUCACUCACAACCUGAAUCCCAUCCACAUCCGGAUGCCGAUGCAUACUCGGCUCCCUCCCAUCAUUAUUCGUAG